AAAACAUUUUAAAAAUAAGGUCAUACUCUGUGACACUUGUGACAGUCGGUAGAGUAUUAAGCUUACAAGCACAACAGAGUGGUUUUUAAAUGUUUCCAAAGCGCCAAAUACCCUAAAAUAACAGUAAUGAAGAGUUUCAGUGAGUUGACGGUUUCCUUGACAUGGUGUGUGGUGUUGAUAUCUGUUGCCAGUGCAUUUUUCAACACAGAAUCGGUUAAAAUAAAGCAGUUUCACAAAUUCAUGGUUACCUACCUUGAGCCUUAUAAGAACACCGUCGAACAAGUCAGAAGUUUCGAUACUCUCAAAAGGAACCUUGAAGUUAUAGAAAAGUCAAACGACGAUAAGCGAACCGAGGAGUCCCAUCGGCAGGUGCUCCGGUCGAUUAAUGACAGCAAGGAGUUCGAGGCAUUUGAGAUGAGAGGAGGAGGCCCCGUAAAACCGGGUCAAGCCCGAGAGGUCCCUGUGUUACUCAAUCGCCGCUUGCCUACACCCUCUGACUCUGAAACAAGCAACAGUCGCCAGUUCAGUUGGGUCUACAGGAAUCCGUAUUACCCCGAAGCGGGAAAUCAGCUUGGGUGCGGGGUUUGCGGUGCGUUUGCUGUAGUGGGGGCCAUGGAGAUUAUGUACUCUCACGCGGAAAAAGAAGCAAUCCAUCUUUCCAAACAACAGCUCGUAGACUGUGACGACCGUGUUAACUGCGACGACGAGGGAGUAAAGUUACGCCCGGUGUUUCAAUACCUCAAGAGAAAUUACCUUGCAACGGAGGACAAGUAUCCUUACAGGGGCACCCAAGGAGAUCAGGACUGCAACCAAAGGGCUGUCAAAGCUGGAGUUGCAAGAAUUCUGGGGUACAGAAGAGUCAGAGGUGAGGAAGAGAUAAGAGAAGCUCUCAGAGAUGGUCCACUGCCCGCUAGUGUAAUCGGAAGUUAUUUGGAGGGCUAUGAAGAUGGUAUCAUUACGAACUGUCCAAAUACGGCGACGGAUCAUCACGUUACCAUCGUUGGAUACGGAGUCGGCUACGUAGAUGGUGAGGAAACUCCUUUUUACAUGAUAAGGAAUAGCUGGGGAACUGGUUAUGGCUUAGGGGGUCAUGCAAAAAUAAAACGAGGCACGUGCAACAUCGAGAACACAGCCUAUUCAAUUACAAUCGAACGGAGGACAAGGGGAGGAUUUUCCUGCUUCGGAGGACAGUGUUAGUGUGGACAGACUGAACGAUUGCGAAUGCAUUAUAUCGGUUUUUUCCGACUCAUCAUGGUUAAAUAACGGUGGUUAAUACGGAGCCGUGUGAUUUCAAUGAUUAAUGAUUGGUUUACUAUACUCGCUUGAAGAAUACAACGAAAAUACAAGAGCAGUUGUAGUGCAAUAAAAUUGGCAAGACUGA